AUGGAGAAUAUGCAAUAUGCUGAAGAGCUUGUGAGGGAAUUUUUGGUCUUCGGAGGAUUUACAAAUACAUUACAAGCUUUUGAGAGGCAGAGAGAAUCGUGUACGGAUAUUGGUAAAGGGUUUCAAGUUGCUAAGAUAUUAGACUUAAUUUUUGCGGUGUAUAUUCCUAAAUUUCAGGCCGAAAAAUUAGUUGGUCUAUCCAGUUUCUGUAAGCAGUGCCUUUCCUCGUGGUCUGAGACUACGAUGCUUGAUACCUUGUCGAAAUUGGAGGGCUCCGUUCUUUGGCGUUACACUGUUCAUGCGUUGCAGUCUGGGAGGAAAGAUAAAGCUGUGGAGUUUUUUUGA